AUGUUUCAAUACGUAAUUUUCUUAGCUCUUGCUGCUGCUGCCUUGGCUGACCCAGUCGCCAAACCAGAUCCAAGUUUCGUUGCAGCUCCUCUAGCAGUAGCUCCAGCAGUAGUUACCGCACAGAGUUCCCAAGUCUUUGCUCGUCAAUACAACGCUUUAGCAACCGGGGUGGCUCCUCUAGUAGCCGCCGCUCCUUAUGCUGCAGCACCUCUAGUUGCAGCACCAGCGGCUCCUUUGGUUGCAGCUCCAGCGGCUCCUUUGAUAGCAAGUUAUAGAUAUGCAUCUCCUUACGUCGCUGCACCUUUACUUUGA